CUAGCAACUUCACAACAACAAUCGAAACAAAUCAUAAACUCGUGGUGUUUUUGCCCUUUCUAACUCUAUCUGAGGUUGUCCCCGGUCCACAAUAAAUUUCCAACAUGGGCAAGAAAAUCAAGAAGGAUGACAAGCCACAACUUGAUGACGUGUUUGACACUCUGCUUGUGGAAUCCAAACAAGCUGCUACCGUCGUUCUGAUGUUGGACAGCCCUGAGGAUGACGUCUUGGCAAAGGCUUGUGAAGCCAUUUACAAAUUUGUUGACAAAUGUGACGAGAAUAAGAAAAUACUUCUGGACCUCGGGGCUGUUGAUAAGCUGCUGAAGCUGAUUCAGAACGAGGACAGGAUCAUCAGAAGGAAUGCCUGCAUGGCUUUAGGUGUUAUGGCAGCUCACGCCGAUGUCCGCAAGUUGCUGAGGAAGCGGGAAGACUGUGUUCCAUCAGUGAUUCAACUGCUUGCUCCCGAAGAGGACACAGUAGUCCAUGAGUUCAGCGCCCUCUGCUUGAGUUUCAUGUGCAGCGACUUCAGCAGUAAGGUGGCCAUCUACGAGCAAGACGGAGUGGAGGCCUUGAUUCGGUGCUUGUAUUCCCACGACCCUGAUGUUCAGAAAAAUGGAAUUGAGUCGUUGGCUCUCCUAAUGCAGGACUACCACAGCCGAAAUGCCGUCCGUGAACUGAAUGGCCUUCAGCCCAUCCUAGACCUUACCAAAUCGGAGUAUGCCGUCAUCCAGGAACUUGCACUUGUUGCCUUGGCCAGAGCUGCACAAGAUGUUGAGAAUCGUUCCGCCCUGCGUGAACUUGAAGCUCUGACUCUCCUUGUCAACUUUGUUGGUCAUCCAGAAUGGAAUGAUCUCCAUGUCCAUGCUCUCGCUGUGCUGUCAAACUGCUUGGAAGAUGUGGAAAGUAUGCAGUUGAUCAAAGAGACAGGUGGUUUGGUGAAGUUGAUUGCCUUCGUGACGGACCAGACUCCACCAGAGGAGGAGUCGACUGGUAAAGGUGGGAAGGGAGGGAAGGAGAAGUCGGGCAGCAGGAAGGGAAAGAAGGGCGAAAAAGAGGAUGAUGAUAAACACAAGGCUGGUGAGCCGUCACAUACCCUCCCAGAGGUCAAGAAACAUGCUGCAAAAGCUAUCGCCCGGGCUGCAAGAAACGCCGAGAAUCGUAAACUCCUCCACGAAACGGAAACGGAGAAGAUGUUGAUUUUGUUGCUGGGGCACGAAGAUCACAGCGUCCAGGCCGCCGCUGCCCUGGCACUGGCUGUCAUGGCCGAGAAUAUGUCCAGUAGCGAAUCCAUUGGACAAUGGGAGGGUUUUGAUCCCCUCAUCAAACUGCUGAAGAUAGACAACCCUGAUUUGCGGGAGGCUGUCACCCUUGCAUUGGCCAAUCUGACUACAUCUAAUAUGAACAAUUGCCAGGAAGUUGUGAACAGAAAUGGUGUCGACCCCUUGAUCAAUCUGUUGGCUGAUAGUCACGAAGCGAUCGUUGCCAAUGCCGCAUGUGUGCUGACAAACCUGGCCCUGGACGAGGUGAUGAGGUCUGAGGUACAGAGGCUGGGAAUUAUCAACGCUCUGAUUGGACCUCUCAAAUCUGAGAGUUGCACGAUUCAAAGUAAAGCUGCUCUUGCCACUGCAGCUUUCGUAUCGGACGCCGAUGCCCGAGAGGAGUUCCGAUUGGCCAAUGGAAUCGAACCACUGACCGAGCUUUUGAAAUCGAACAAUGACGAAGUGCGGAGAAGUGCAUCAUGGGCGAUCACGGUCGUCUGUGUCGAUGAGCCGACCGCCUUGGAGCUCAGUAAACUCGGAUGUCUGGAGAUCCUUCAAGAGAUACAGAUGUCGGGGACGAGGGCGAACAGAUUCACCGAUGCUGCUAUGUGUAAAAUGCUCGAUUGUAAUCUGGCGGCCAAGUAUGCCUUAUCGGGGUAUUUAGGUCCAAACAACAUAAUUACUGAUGGUUUCUUCGAUGCCGGCCAGCUUCGACAAGGCAGUAAAUUCGUCACCCUAGAAGACUACUGCAAGAUGACUGUCAACCAGAAACGGCCCAUUCUACUCAUCAAUGCCAAACCACUUCCGGAACCUAUUGAUAUUGAGGAUGAAAGCGGAAGUAAGCCGCCAACUCCUCAACCAUCAGAUGCAGACGUCGCUGCCUCAUCAUCAUCAAAAGGCGCUGUCUCGGGGAAGACAUCAAGAACCGGCCGCGACUCAAAAUCGGAAGUAGAACAUCCAAACUCAAGCAAAUCGCGGACACAGAAAGUGGCUGAGGAGCAGAAAAAGGCACAGGAAAUAGCAGAGGAACAGCAGGAGGGUCACUCCGAAAAGGAGGUGUUUACCCCACCAGCAGAUCCGACGCUUCUGAAAUACAUCGAGGAGGUGAUUGAGAAAGUGAUGCCUCUACCGACGACGAAGGAACAAGUAGUUGGACUGGCUGAGUUUGUAGCGGAUAAAAUGGGCGGCAGCAUCCAACGUGGCCAGGUGUCCAACUUCAGCUUUGAGCUUCCGAUCAGUCAGAUCAAGUUCAACUUGAAAUCGAACGUCGUUCCACUUGGCAUGAUUACAACUGGCAUACACUACCACAGGGCUUUGCUCUUCAAGGCUCUGGCUGACAGACUGGCAGUGCCUUGCUCCCUGGUUCGAGGCGAGUACAACCGAGCCUGGAAUGAAGUCUUACUAGCUGAGGACAGUGACUCGUCCAGCAACCCGAAAUUCCCACCGAAAAAUUACAUCGUCGAUCUGAUUCAUGAACCUGGCAGCCUGCUUAAAACGGACAGUAUAGAAGCAUCAAAUUACAAGAAACUUUGAGGAAGAGAAUUUGAAUAAAGGGAGAUAUAUUAUUUGCGAGACUCUGGGCUGUUUAAAAAAUCAUCCACCCUUGGUAGGCCUUUGGAUUGGUUCUGAAAUACACUCACUCAAAGCCCUGCUGACAUAACUUCCCUAAUUUUGUCAACCCAUUUGACCUGAACCAAAGGAAUGUUUUGUUUGGCCUGACAGAUUGGAUUAUAUUAUGCAGGCCAUUAAAAAUUGUUGUUUGUUUAAUUUGCAAGACAAGCAGGUGUCCAACAUUGAACUGGAGAUUAGAGAUUGACCUAUGAUUACAUGUACAUGUACUACACUCAGAGGCUCUUAAACUUCCAUAUACUAUUAUAUGAAAAAUGACCUACAUGUAUGUCAGUGUCUUCUGAUAAAGCCCUUAAUCAAGCACAUAUCAAUAGGGCAGGACUUUUUCCCAGGGGACUCAAUUUACUUAAUACACCAGUCAUAAUAAAGUCAGCCUGAUUUUUAGUGUGUUUAAGGAAUUUAAGAACUGACAGACUGACUUGGACAUGGACACACCAUUCGUCCAUUUUACUGUGAUGAGUUGGAAAAUAAUCAUUUUAGAUGAAUCUAGAUUGUUACCGAUAGGCUUUGUAAGUUAUGCACUUUCAAUUUUUGUUUUCCGGAAGCGUAUGAUUUUCCAUCAUAUCCCCGUCAAAUUUUUUUCAGAAGUCCGUCCAUUGUAAUUUCUAUCUUAUUGUACAUGUAUUUAUUUUGCAAAAACAACGUGUUUUGUAAAUAU